CUAGAGGUGGCGGCAGCGGCGGCGGUGACGGCGACGCGUCCCAGCCGGACUGAGUUUCCACUGUCUCCAGCAGCCUGGAAUGGGUAAUGGUGUGAAGGAAGGUGCUGUGCGAUUGCGUGAGGAUGCCGAGGCCAUCCUGCCCUCACCUGUCUCUCCAAAGAGCGAUCACAGGCAAGUUCUCAGCUCCCUCUUGUCUGGGGCCCUGGCUGGCGCUCUUGCCAAAACAGCAGUAGCUCCCUUGGACCGAACCAAAAUCAUUUUCCAAGUAUCUUCAAAAAGAUUUUCUGCCAAGGAGGCCUUCCGGCUGCUCUACUUCACCUACCUCCGAGAGGGCUUCCUCAGCCUGUGGCGUGGGAACUCGGCCACCAUGGUGCGUGUGGUGCCCUACGCUGCCAUCCAGUUCAGCGCACAUGAGGAGUACAAGCGAGUCUUGGGCCGCUACUAUGGCUUCCGUGGAGAAGCCCUGCCCCCUUGGCCUCGCCUCCUCGCAGGGGCACUCGCUGGAACUACAGCUGCUUCGCUUACCUACCCCUUGGACCUGGUCCGAGCCCGCAUGGCCGUGACCCCAAAGGAAAUGUACAGCAACAUCUUUCAUGUCUUCAUCCGCAUCUCUCGGGAAGAGGGGCUGAAGACCCUCUACCAUGGCUUCAUACCUACUGUGCUGGGGGUCAUCCCCUAUGCGGGGCUGAGCUUCUUCACUUACGAGACGCUCAAGAGCCUGCACAGAGAGUACAGCGGCCAUCGGCAGCCCUACCCCCUGGAGCGAAUGAUCUUCGGGGCCUGCGCUGGCCUCAUCGGGCAGUCAGCCUCAUACCCGCUGGACGUGGUGCGGAGGCGCAUGCAGACGGCCGGCGUCACAGGCCACCCACGCGCCUCCAUCGCCUGCACACUGCGUGCUAUAGUGCGGGAGGAGGGCGCGGUGCGUGGCCUCUACAAGGGCCUGAGCAUGAACUGGCUCAAGGGUCCCAUCGCCGUGGGCAUCAGCUUCACCACCUUCGACCUCAUGCAGAUCCUGCUGCGGCGCCUGCAGAGCUAGGGGCCCACGCACUUGGCCACUCUGGGGACAGGGAACUAAGCUCCAGCAUGCAGAAGACCUCAGACCCCUAAUGUUUUGGAGCCUGGGGAAUGAGGGGGUGCUUGGCCCUGUCCCAGGGCCAAGUGGAAACGCCUUGUGAAACAAGCAGGCAGGCCAGGGAGGGGAACCUGUGCUCAGCUCCUGUGGAUCCACGAGGAAACUCACAGGCCCUUGAAGUAUACAGUGUUGGGACUGGUGAGCCCGCAGCCUCUCUUCCAUCCUCUCUGGGGCUGGCUCUGCUCCCCAGAAGUGCCCCCUCUAACCGCCCUGAAGCAGGAGUGACCAGCGCCACCUCCUGGUGCUCUGUGACCUUGGACAUGCUCCCAGUUCUAGUGACCCUGUUCACACUAGGCUCAGAGCCAGGCUCCUCCUGCCCCGUGUUGGCCCACAUCUGUGCUCACUGCUAAGGGUGGAGGAGCCAGGGGUGUGGGACAGGCCUGGCCUCACCUGUUCACGAAGGGACCAGUCUCCUACUCAGUUGUGGCUACAA